CACUCUGUCAAAAACCUCCUAUACAUUAUCUCGUUUCAAAUUGGAAGAUUCAUUUCACUUCCCUGUUCGUAAUAGAAUAAUAACUCUGGGAGGGCCCUAUAGGACGGUAACUAGGACAUUCAUUCCAUACACGUCGAAAGAUGAUUGAAUAUAAUACUUAGAUUGUUGAAGAUGGCUCCUUACGUUAAUCUACAUUACAUUCUGAUAUUCUUUUUGAUCUCGAUAGUUUACGUGUUCAGUUUGGAAUUCAGGUACCAUAGUCAAGAUGAAUUAGAACGAUUGAUGUAUGAAUUUAGCGAAAACGUGAGGGAACCACUUGAAGCCAGGGUGUAUUCGAUUGGAAAGUCUAAAGGGGGUCGUGAUCUUCUAGUUUUUGAGCUGACUGCAGCCAAGAAUAAUUCGGAAACAGUUCCAAACAUCCAAUUGACAGGGAAUAUUCACGGAAAUGAAACACCUGGCAGGGAAAUCCUUCUCCAUUUGAUUGAGUAUUUGAUAUCAAACUAUGACGAAAACGACAGGAUUCGCUGGCUGCUUGAUAAUACCAGGAUUCAUAUUUUACCGUGCUUAAAUCCGGAUGGUUGGGAGGUUGCCGAAAUUGGUGAUUGUGCGGGACUUGAGGGGAGGAACAAUCUGGAUGAUUACGAUCUGAACAGAAACUUUCCUAAUUUUGUACCAGGAGAAGAGGAAGUAGAACAGGUCGAAACAAAAGCCAUAAAAGAGUGGAAUAGGAAUGUUUCAUUCGUUUUAGCCGGGGACUUACAUGCUGGGGCUGUGGUUACUAUUUAUCCUUUCCAUAAAAUGACGAAGACCAAAUAUGGGUACGAGAGUCAAUCGAGUAUUACUCCUGAUGACAAAAUAUUCGAGCAUAUUGCAAACGUUUAUGCAAGGAACAAUGUUGUCAUGUACCAGCAAACGAUUUUCUGUGAUAAUGAAACUUUUCCAGGUGGUAUCACAAGAGGAGCAUCAUGGUAUUACUUUUUGGGUGGUAUGCAAGAUUAUAAUUAUAUUGAGCAUGGAACCAUGGCUUUAACUUUUGAAAUAUCCUGUUGCAAAUACCCACCCGAGGAAAACCUUACAGAAAUUUGGGAACAGAACAAGAAGUCUCUCAUCAUGUUUUGUUGUGAAGCAAACCGAGGUGUCACAGCUAAUGUCAGAGAGUCAAAUACCGGAAAACCAAUAACAAAUGCAAAUGUAACUAUUUUGGGCAUAGACAAGGUUAUUCACACCAACGAAGAUGGUAGAUUAUGGAAAAUUCUUUUACCAGGAAAAUAUUACUUGAGGGUUGACGCAGAUGGCUAUGAAACCGUUGAGAACACAUUCAUUGUAGAAUAUGAAGACGAAGAAUUUCCCAAACUAACCAAAUUGGAAAUAGUAAUGAAUCGAUCCUAGUUAAACACAACAGAACUCCGUGUGUCCUGAAUUUAUAUUGCUCAUGAACUGCGAUAAGAUAUGUACAUAAUUACUGUUUCUAUAAAUGUUGGUACGAUAAGGCACCUAGGAUAACACAGCUGA